ACAAAACCAAACAAUAAUUUGAAAAGCAAACUCGUGGUUUUUUGUGUCAUCGUUCUGCGUCGUUUUAAUGUGAACUUUUAGAAAGCGAUUUUAUUAAUUAAUAGUUUCAAAUUCUUCAAAUAUAUUCUGUACAACUGUCAUCAAAGAUGUUUGAGACAGCAACAGGUAAGUGGAUUUACAUUUUUAGGUUAUGUUUUUAAAGUCGCCUGAUUUGUUAAAAGAAUAUAUAAUACUCAAGUAAAACGAUUUUAUGCUCAAAUUUUCUAAUUACGUUCCUUAUUAUUUUAUCGUAGGCGACAAUGGUGAAAAUAUUGAAAAUGAUGAUUCGGUUUAUCGAUUAAUAUCGUUUGUGGGUUUCACUGAUGAAAGUGGUCGUAAACUUGUAGACGUCGUGCUUUCUUCAUGGAUUCGGUACAAUUUUAAAAGCAAACAAUAUUUAUCUAAAUUUCCUCCACCUCCGUACGACGCAAGCUGCAGAAGAAAUUUAAAUAAAUUAUUGAAAUCUCUCUCUGAAGCUCCGGAAGUAUGGCCAGAAUACCCUAUAAAUUUUCAAGGGAAUGCAAAAACAUUUGCCGAAAGCCAAAAAAGAUUAAAAGUACUUAACAAACAAGAAUUUGCAUAUACGACAGAUGACAAUGUUGAUCGGAAAGUAGAAGCUACAAAGCGAACAUAUAGGAGCAAAAAAAUUAAAGUGGAACCAGAAGUAGAGAAAACUGUUUUCAAUGUUCCAACUAUUAAACUUACACAAAAAUUUACAAUCAAAGAAAACGAACAUGAUGGAUUGCAAGACAGCGAUAGUAACCUAACAGAUUCAAACGACUCAGACAGCAGCGGUGCUUCAGUUUCAAGGAAAGGAGAUAAAAAGAAUUUACAAAGAUUUAAGAAGAGAAAAAUAGGUACAUAAUAUUUGACCGUUUUUAUGUUUUGUUUCUAAUAAUUUAAUUCGUAAUUGCUUUUAUUCCAUUAAAAUUAAAAAUAUUAAAUUACAGAUGCUAAUGGCUUGAAAGACAGCGAUGAGUCAGUAGAUGACUUAGAAAUAAAGCCAAUAGUUAAAAAGGAAAAACGCCUCUCUAAACUAAAAACGAAAACACUAAAAGAGACACAGAAAACAAAAAAAAUCUUUACCGAAAUUAAUGACUUGCAUAAUAGCGAUGAAUCAAGGGAUGAUUUAGAAAUAAAUCACCAAAUUAAAAAAGAAAAACGCAUAUUUAAAUCAG